UACAUACAAGCACAGUAGCAGCACUCAACCACCACAACAAUACUGAACAGCACCCAUGUCACAGAUAAUACCCAGUUUGCAUGCGACGGAUGUAAUAAUAAAGGAAACAACAACUGUACGCUAUUACAAGUUUGUUGGAUAUAGUUAACGGAUGGUAGGCUGCGGAAGAAUAUGUAUUUUCUCUUUCUGUGCUGAAGCUCAACGUCUGUUCAACAACAAGAUCGAGCUCGUUGACGUGAACUAGGAAACGGGACGAUACCUCAUUUUAACCAUGACUGUUUGCUAGUGUACCUGGGCGAUUUGUUCUGGAUUAGUCUGCAAAUUCACCAAACAAGACAAACUGCAUCGUUUUAGUCGCCAACAAGCAGCGCGUGGACGAGUCGGAAACUCGCGCGCCAUUGAAAACAAAGUUCCGACAAUCUGAAGCUGUUAGACACAAGUGCCUCUUGCACUACUGGUUCCCCACCCCAGGCAGGUGUGACUCGUUCGUACAACGUCACAAAUGCGACCAUGGGAAGUAGCAGUGAGUAGGCGGCCAUCAACAGCCCCCUUAAACCAGAGGAGGGUCGUCGGGGAGCCUUGCAUCACCCCUCUGCACCUCAGGAGAAGUCCUCCAGUACGACGUCAGUGGGGGCAGCGAGAUAGACCUGCUGUGCACACUUCCCUACAUCAGGAUGAGAACUUCCUCCACCCUGUCUUCUCCCAGCAUCAGCAGAUUCCUUUAGAUGAGUCCAGGCAAUAUAGCCACACCAGUGCACCUCCACGCAUGCUGCAUACUGCCACACAGCCCCCCCAGCAGAACUCCAUCAUGGUGGAUCUUCACGAACAGAUGCAUCAAGGAUCAGUUCCGAUAUCUUACACAGUUACCACGGUGACGACCCACGGUUUUCCCAUCCACACCGGGCAACCUAUCCCAGCCUGCAAUGCUCAGCAGCUCCCAGCAUGCUCGGUAAUGUUCAGCGGACAGCUCUCUCUGCUCUGCUGCCUUCCUCCUCCACUCAUUCAGGCCUGCACCAUGCAGCACCUUCCAGUGUCCUAUCAGGCAUUUCCACCAAUGAUCUCCAGUGAGCAUUUUAUCCUUCACCCUAGUCCGCCAGUGCCGCCUCACCAGCCGCCUCAUCUGCCUCCACUCAACCAGUUUGUUCCCAUACAACCCCAGCACCCGCGCAUGCCUCUGCAGAGGGUGGAGAAUGAAGUGGAUCUGCGAGGAGACCAGCAUCCGUUAGGAACAUUCUCUUAUCCUCCAGCCCACCAUCCACCAGCAAUGACCCCCUCCGUCCCCCUUCAGUACCUCCCCCAGGAGCCCCUCCAUCAAGAGCUACCCUACGGAGUGCCAUAUCCGCACAUGCUGCCGAGGCGUAUAACUGGACAGAGGUACCGAUUACAGCAGCCUCUGCCUCCGCCGCCUCCUCCACCGCCCUACUACCCCGGCUUCUUACCAUACUUCCUCUCGAUGCUACCUGUGCCUCCAACUGCUGUGGGUCCUGCUAUCAGUCUGGACUUGGAUGUAGAUGAUGUGGAGAUGGAAAACUAUGAGGCGUUAUUAAACCUUGCCGAGAGACUCGGAGAAGCAAAACCUCGAGGACUAACGAAAGCUGAUAUAGAGCAACUUCCGUCCUACAGGUUCAAUUUAGAAAACCACCAAUCUGAGCAAACUCUGUGUGUUGUAUGCUUUAGUGAUUUUGAGUCAAGGCAGCUACUUCGAGUAUUACCCUGCAACCACGAAUUUCAUGCGAAAUGUGUAGACAAGUGGUUAAAGACCAAUCGCACCUGUCCAAUCUGUCGAGCCGACGCGUCUGAGGUUCACCGCGAUGUGGAAUGAGUUCAGGUUUUUGUCCUUCACUGGAAAGCAGCACAAAUCCUUGAGUGUGUUCUGUGAGUGGGGACACCUGAUCUCCAGCCAAACGCAAAUCUACCCCCCACCCCGCUCCCAACCCCACCUCUACAAUAAGCAAUCUUGGAAUUUGUAAGGAACCUGUUUGACCUCUGCUGUGCGUCAUUGUGUGAGUUUCAUGAAAGCUACUGCCGCCUAUAGCAACUUCGGAGUUCUGGAAUUGUGACCAUUGUUUUUAUUUUUAUUUUUUAUCCAUCUUUCUUUUUCAUUUCCCUGCCCUUGUUUUUCGCAGAUUCCAAAGAUAACCUGUAAUACGUGUUGUGUUGGCAUAUUUGUUUACACAAUUGAAUAUUCUCUAGUUGUUUGAUCACAGAUGAUUAAAAUCGUGCUUUAGUAUCGUUAGGGACUGCGGGAGCGGGCUAAGAUGGCGGUGGUCUUUGGUUUUACUGUGCAAUCAGACGAGUCGGUAAGACGCGGCCGCUCCGCCGGUGAACGACCAUCAUAGAUGCAUGUCUCUACAACGGAUGAUGGGCUGGGGGACUUGUUAAUAAUCUAUGUUUUGCAAUAAUGUAUUGAUCAUUUGAAUAUCUUAAUCCCGAUCCUCUUUUAUCUGCGAAUGCUGUUGUGAAGGUGUGACUUUCAGUGGUUCAAAGUUCCAAGGCCUGAGGUUAAAGAGGGGAAACGUAGACAAAAAAAAGGACUGGGAAACGACAUGGGGCGUGAGUCCAAUGUGUCGUAGAGACAUUGAGGAAGCUGUGGGGUUUUGGCUUUUUUUGCUGUUUGCUGGCAAGGCCAAUCUGACUGACCCAUGGGGACACAGGGACGAGGACAGCACACUGCCUCUGCCAGCUCUCCCACCUGGCUGCACUGCACAACCCACAUCCAUUCUGGACAUCCCGCCGCCUCACACUCAGCUGUGCAACUCUUUCUCGGCUAGAUCCAGGAGAACAUCUCACGGGCCACGCGCGGACUGUUCUUUUAGACUAGCAAUAUCUGACUCGACGAGAUCCACCGCAUUUCAACCACAAGAGGAACGUCGGAUGAAGUCCAUGGGGAGGUCGCAUUUGCCUUUCCAGAAUGACUUUUUGGGAAGGGUGGAAGACUUUGAGGAAAGCAAUACGUGCAAUGAGUGCGAGAGGUGAACGCAACGUUUCGACCUGAUUUUGGAGGACUAGGCCUUUUGUUUUUCCUCAUUCGUGAGCCAAAUAAUCAAUAUACUCUACAAGAUUUUAGCUCUGCCUUCUCAAGACCUUGACAAGCACAAACCUGUUACUAAUCUUCAGUUCCUCUUUUAAUAGUAUACGUUGUAUUUUUUUUAAAGUGGUGUUAUUUAUUUCUUCUCUAGAGAGCGUUUUUGAAGGAUUCGGUCGGAAUACUAAAGCGCGUUUUAGUUUGCCUCCCGUUGUCAGGUCUCAGGCCAUGUUCACAGUGUCAAGUGAUGUGAAAGAAAAAAAACAAAACAUUGUAUGCAUAGCCUUGGUGUGAAAGGUUGCAAAUUAUCGUCUUGUUUUUAAGACAAAAGAAUGUUGAAACCCUUUGAAUUUCUAGCUACGCCCCCCUCUCCUGUGUGCCAGUUGACUGUUGUCGUUCCACGGAGAUCCCGGGCAGGAUUCGAAACGGUAGAGACACGGAGCGUUAGGGUCGUUUAAAGAAAAAAAAAAAGAUGCACUGUAAAACGCUCAACUUGUGGUUCACUCGAUUCCAAAAACAAACCUGAAUGUUGUUCGGGUGAAAACUAUGAACUAUUUGGGUAUUCUUUUUUUUUUUUUUUCCCUAAGUACUUUAUUUUUAGGACUUUUAAAUAUAUAUAUAUAUUUAUAUUUUAAAUAUAUAUAUGUAUUCCUGAGUCGUUUGUCCACUGAAUAGUCAUUGUAACUCAAUAGACACACUGGCUUUCUCGGGUAAAGGGACUCUCUCAUGAGAAUGUGAGUAUCUUGCGUUUGCGUGCCAGGUUUUUAGAGAAAAAAAAAGCCAUUGUCAUGAAUUUAAUCCACACUUUUGAUAAUUAAUCUAUGUAUACAUAUCUGUUCACUGGCAUAUAUUUUGAGUAUAACAAAAAAAACAACAAAAAAAAAUCACUCAGGGCCUCUCUGUAAUUGAAAAAUAUAGGAAAACAGUCCAUUUCAAAUUGGAUUGAUGCCAUGGAGAUAUAUUUGGGUAUUCUGGGUUGUUUUCCUCAGGCCGUGCAUAUUUUAAAUGUAAUCAACUGAACUAAUAUUCCUUUUUUUACUAGUGGUGAAUAUUAUUCCAUUAUAAGACUGGCAUGCAAAGAACAAAAAAAAAAAGAUGAAGUGACAUGUUGUAUCGAGUGAGAACAGGCUUUUCGUCACUGCAGCCGAUCAUUAGCGUAUGUUACUCGAACCUGUUUUCCAGCCGUUGCGUUUUUUCCGUGUUCUUGUACUUGAACCACACAUAAAGGUUGUAAUCCCGUUGAAAAAGGUGCCACGGUGCACACUGUUCUACCUAGACCACUUCCAAGACUAUUCUUACAGUGUUUGCAUGAUUUAAGGAUUAAAAAAAAAAGAAGAAAACAAAAGACAAAUAAAAAAUGAAAUCUGUAUUUUCAGUGAAAGAUAUCAGGGGUGGGCAAGUAUUUAAUUGUGCACAAUAUGCAUGCAUGUCUUACCAGGUCCCAACUGGUUUUUAGGUAGAUCUAGUUGGCUUUGGGUUCUGGGUGUAGGGGACUUUCUGCUCAGCUGAUAACUGCCAUGCACUGUACUGCACACAUUUGUAAUAGAACCGAAUGACUACAAGAUUUUAUUGUGCUUGUACUUGCAAAAGAAGAAUAAGAUAAAAAUAAUAAUAACGAUAAUGCAGGAUGUUUAAAAUAACAAAGCUCGAUGCCAGCGGGAAGACUUUUUGAGAUGAUGGGAAAUGUGAUUGGCUCCUCACCACAUUUGUGCUUCUAUUGUUGCCUCAGUUAGUUACUGACACACUUGCCUGGAAUCUAGAUAAUGGAAAGCCAUAUAGUAAAAAGGUGCUAGAUAUUCUAUAUUUAGGUGUAAUGCUACAUUCACAUAAGAGAAUGCAAUAGUUUGUUAUGGGUCUCUAUUCAUACAGCAUGCAGUGCUAUUAGUACCCUCACGGAGGUCAGCAUCAGUUAAUAACGUUAUCAACAAGGGUUUCAAUUAAGAAAAAAAAAAAAGAAAAGAAAAACUAUUUAGCUUUACUUGUAUGUGCUGGUAGACAGUGACCUUUUUAAAGGAUAAUAUAUUAUUUCACCGCCCGAGUGAUCCGAUUCAAUACAUCUGCCUUAAAUGGAAGUAGUAGGAGGUUUUGUGUGGGUUAAAACGACACGGCGCUAUCACUCAUUCACCAAAACGGUCCGAAAUAUAUGUACCUGUUGUACGGUUCUCUCUACCUUGAGCAUCUGUAACUGUUAAGUUGUUGAUAUACACGCAAGCACUUUUGCUUGGGGUAACCGGCUGUGGGCUAUUUCUAUUAUAUCCUUAUUUAGAUUUAUAAAGGAAUUUUUCACAAUAACCAAGAUUCCUUAAGAACCUCAGUGUUACCUGUACUGAAUUACUAAAAAGAAAAAAAAAGGAAAAAAACAACAACAACAACCUAUGAGUUAUGAUGAUAAAUAGAAUCUUGUAGUCUUUCUGUGAUUCAACUAAUAAAUAAUCUCACAGCUUGUGUGGUGGAAAAUUGUGUUCCAAUAAGCAGCUAAAUACUUUAGGAUUUGUGAUUUGUUGAUUGCUCCAUAGACGCCACUGAUUGUUUACCAAUGAUUUCUUGCUGUGGUGGGAUAGUGGAUUGUUUACUGUUCUAUUCUCCUCCUGGCCUUUAGGGGUCAGUCAUUGCCUGAACUCCAGACUUACCCAGCCAACAACAGGGCCAGGGGCAUGUGUUCUGUGUUAGGAAGAUAUUUUGCUUUGGUACUUGCACAUUUACAGUUACCUCAUUUUUGCCAUGUUUGUAUUUGGAAGAAAAAAAACAAUAAUAAAAAAAUGAAAUAAAAAAGCUAAUAUAUAUAUAUAAUUAUAUAUAUAUUAUAUAUAGGAAAUGGUUCUUAAUGCUAUAAUUUUUUUUUUCAUUCCAUUGGAAUCAUUGUUUGUAGCAAUUAACAUAACUAGUUAUAGUGUAUUAUAAAUACAUCUGUAUACUGAUUGAAAUUUUUAAGAUUUGUACUUUUUUUAAAUGAAAGUUGCUAGUUCUGCUUUACCGAGUAGUGCAAUCAUAUUUUUUUUAAUUGUGGCUGAUUGGAGAGGGUUGUUCACUAAUAAAUGUGUGAUGUAUACUCAUA